AUGAAUGUUUUAUUCAAUUCAGCAUUGAAACAGUCGACUGCCGUGCGCCGAGAUCUGGAGACCUUCGCGCAGGCGCCGGCCACUGCGUCCCCUGCACUCCAAGGACAGAUUUCCACUACCCUUACCAGUUUCUCUCGCACUCUAGAAGACUACCAGAAUCUAUCACGCAAUGAGUUGAAUGAAGAAAAAAAGGACAAGGCCGUUGAGAGAAUCAAGAACUUUCGGGCAGACCUGGCCUCCUAUCGAACACAGUUUGACCAACUCAAAAAGGAGCGGGAAGGCGCAGUUGCUGCCAACAACAGAAGCGAAUUGCUAGGUAGGCGGCCACAUCAUGCCGCGACUCCUGAGAAUCCAUAUGCGAAUGUGACCAGCCAGAGUGCAUUUGCUCCAGCUCACCGCAAUACCCACGAUGGCCUGUCCUUUGGCGCAGGUCCCAAUGAGUAUAAUCGGGAGGAUCAUGCUCUGCGAGAACAGAACUUUUUCAGUACAGCCAACGCUCAGAUCGACGAAUUUCUAGAUCGAGGACGAGCAGUCUUGGGUGAUCUCGGUCAGCAACGGGAGAUCCUCAAGGGCACUCAGAGAAGACUAUACAGUGUCGCCAACACUCUCGGCGUGAGUGGUGAUACCAUCCGCAUGGUUGAGAGAAGGGCCAAACAAGACAAAUGGAUCUUCUGGGGUUCCGUCAUUGUCUUUUUUCUCUUCUGCUUUUUGGUCAUACACUUCCUCAGAUGA